AUGGGGUCCAGGAAAAAAACAGAUGAAGAGAAGUUAAAAAGAUGUCGCCUAGCUAAGUUUCGCUUCAAACGCCUAGUGCACGUAGUGAUCUGCAAUCGCUACUGGAUCACCGAAAUCGAAGACCGUGAAAUCGGCAAUAAUGUGCAUCGAAACGUUGCAGUUAUCGGCCAGCGGCUCACUCACAAAGGGACACUUACGAUAAUUGAAAAGGAGAUUCUCAACAGCCCCCCAGCAGAGCGUACAAGAAAUCACCGACGGCUUCUGACCAAAGCCUUGAGGAGGAUAGAAUGCCUUCGGGAUAUAAGCUUGGAACAGCUUGACGACUUUGCUGGCUGUGCUACAUUCAAAUAUUUUGGUGCAGGAAGAGUUAUUCUACGAGAAGGCCAGCAACCGCAUGCAGUUUAUUUCUUGGCCAAUGGAGAGGUCGUCGUCAGUCGAGUAAGAUGGGACAAUAUCUAUCGUACAUAUAACGAUACACCAUGUGGGGUUCGUGUACGUGGGCAAAUGUUUGGUGAAAUUGCUUUACUUCAUCAUUGUCCACGGACAGCUACUUGCAGCACAGCCACCGACUGCGAAUUAUUGUGCCUCUCUCGGAAAGAUUUCGAUCGCAUUCUAAAACAUACGCUGCUGGAACGUUGGCAACAGAUGCAACUUGCAUUGGAGCGGUUUGAUUACUUCAAAUAUUGGACCAGUGCUCAGGUCAGGGAGUGUUGUCUGCUAAGCCGAAUCGUUACGUUCGAGUCUCAACAGAAGCUUCCGGUGGAUACCGACAAAACGUAUGGAUACUUCGUGCUAAGUGGCCUAUGUAUGAUACUGCAGUGUUUGACAGUGUCCAAAAGGAGCGGAUCCUACAGGCUGUUACCGAUUGCGACUAACGAAUCAUUCGUCGCUAAACAAACGUCUGCUGACUUGGAUGAUUCUAAGCUCUCUCAAAGGCAAACAAUUGAACACCGGUUUAUAGAUGUUGGCACCUUUGGCUGCGGCUCUGUGUUUGGACUCGGGGAAACCAUGCCGCAUCGAAUGGUGGUAGCCCGUAACCGAGUGCAAUGUUUGAUGAUUCCGCGUGGUUGGUUAUUAGAGAAGGAGCAGAAUGUGGGUAACACUUGGUUGCGAAUUCGCAUGAAGCUCGAUAUGGCCAUCCCGAGGGAUCGACUUUUUGAGCUGUUCAUGCGUGAUCAAAACUGGCAGCGUUACCGAAAGACUCUGGUGCGCGAAUUCGUCCAUCGAAAUUCACGCCAAAACCUAACGCAGUUUGCUGAUGUGCCGAUUAUAUGUCAAAUAGAGCAAGAAAUGGUUUAA